UGCAGAUCCCCCGCACCGAACGCGCCAGCAGGCCCGGUAAAACACUCGAUUCGAAAUGCUCAAGAACCUCUGGCUCGGGCUCGUAGCCCUCGCUGGCAUGGUAGCGGCGGCUGAUACGGCCAUCUACCAGGAUCCGGACACGGGCCUGACGUUCUCGUCAGCGUUUGCACUCUACAAGUCGGACGGCCGCGGCAUAACCUUCCGCAUCGCCAUACCGGCGAGCGCGCAGCAGUACGCGCCCUUCGACGCGGUGCUGCAGGUGGUGGUGCCCAACGACGUGGGCUGGGCCGGGCUGGCCUGGGGCGGCUCCAUGACGCGCAACCCGCUGCUGGCGGCCUGGAAGAACGGCAACAACGCCGUCAUUACGUCGCGCUGGACCACCCAACACACGCUGCCGCCGACGUACGCGGGGUCGCAGUACACGCUGUACAAGACGGGCACCAAGUCCAACUCGACGCACUGGCAGUUCACGGCUAAGUGCACGGGGUGCACGUCGUGGGACGGCGACGGCUCGGGCACGACGCGCUACCUCAACCCCAAGGGCGGCAACCGCCUGGCCUUUGCCUACUCGCCCAGCAAGCCCAGCAACCCGUCGAGCGCGUCGUCAUCGUUCCCCGUCCACGACGUGCACGGCUACUGGUCCCACGACUUCAACGCCGCCAUCAACCAGAACUGGGACGCUGUCGUGCAGAAGCUCGUGGUGCAAUAGUUUUUGGGGGUGUGAGGUGUUCUUUUUUGGACGAGAAAGGAGAUUAGGCGGAGUUUUGAAAAGAGGGUGGAAAUUCAUGAAGCAUGAUGUAGGGAGAUGAAGGGGAAACAAGAGAGGGGGGGUCGAAGGAGGGAAGCAUUGUAUAUACGUUGGACUUCCAUUGUUUUACUUGGUAGCCAUCUGCUCGGACAACAUCAACGUCAUCUAAUCCCGGUGCCGCUUUGAGAGAUUUUCAUGGACGCGAGUGGAAAUUUUAUUAUCAGGGGCAUUUAGGGACGUCAAGGACGAAUAAGAGAAGCCCCAAGUAAGGACUCUAAUCAUUACGUUGAAAUUGAAAGCUAACGGAGCAAUCGAGUAAGUUGUUUGCUCUCAUUAGGCUCUAUUUAAAUUAGCACUCAUCAUUAUCUUGUCGGAUUGCUUAGCUUUGCUGAGAAUGUAAAGAAGCAUGCGUCGACACGAUGAUCUCCAGGUAGAUGGGACCGACUGGCUUGGUGUU